AGUAACGAGAGACGGGCGCUGCUGAUCUCAUCGCGCACCUGAGCUCGGACAGUUCUCUCCGUUUCACCCAUUUCUGGAUCAAAAACUACGCAGGCGCCACACCAAAACGAAGGACGUGUAACUUUUGGCUCCCGCUUUCUUCUGAGAUGCGGCUGUCGGGGAGCUGUUGGAAAGUAUCCGUUCGCUUUUGAACUGCAGUUCAAUGGAGUCGUCGACCCCGUCUCACCUGGAAAUGAGGGGCUAGUGAGAGAGGUGGGGUCCGCUCGGAGCGUUCCUCCAAGCUGCCUUCUGUUUUGACGCAGUUGCUUGAGGAUAAAGUUGAAGGCGGUCAACUUCUGCUGCGGCUGUGAAACCGAGUCGGAGCGGCGCUCAAGCGGACGCGGAGUGGCGGUGUCCUGUGUCAGCAUGGACGUCAGCGGACGCCGCUCGAACCCCGCCGCGGCCGCGCUCUAACCCCGCAGCAGCGUGGCGCCAGCAUGAGCGGCACCGACCUGGAGCGGGUGUCGCUCAGCUCCUCGGCCAACUCGGUGGCUUCCAGCGCCCGGACGCUCUCGGCCAACGUCAAGAAGCUGCACCACGCGCUGAACCUGCUGCUCGACGACUUGGAGAGGGAGCAGUUCAUCCACUGUCUCAACGUCUACCACUCCAAGCGGAACGUCUACGACCUGGUGCAGACCCUCAACGUCAUCCUCAACGCGCCCAGCAAGCGGCAACUCCUGCCCAUGCUGCGGCUGGUCAUACCCCGCUCUGACCAGCUGCUCUUCGAGCAGUACACCUCGGAGGGCUUGUACUUAAAGUCGGAUUUGGUUGCGAGCAAUGGGAGUGCUGAGCCCCCACCGGGGGACCUGCGGAGCCCCAGCCCGACGCCACCCGGCCACUUCUCCCCCAACAAGCCCGGCGAGCUGCAGGUGGCUCUGCGUGGCUCGCCGGACACUUUCAGCACCAGCAGCGAGGGGACAGCUCCCCUGGUCCCGCUGCUGGGCAGAAACUUCAUCCACGAGCCUCCGGGGGAGGUGAGGCAGGUCACCAUGAAGCGGCACAAGAGCAACGAGGGUUUGGGCUUCAGCAUCCGCGGAGGCUCGGAGCACGGCGUUGGUAUUUACGUCUCCCUGGUGGAGCCGGGCAGCUUGGCUGAGAAGCAGGGUCUUCGGAUCGGUGACCAGAUCAUGAAAGUCAACGACAAAGUCUUCGACAAAGUCACUCAUGCUGAAGCAGUGAAGGUGCUGAAGGGCAGUAAAAAGCUCAAUCUGUCUGUGCGCUCAGUUGGGCGGAUUCCUGGCGGCUAUGUCACCAACCAUGUAUAUACAUGGGUCGACCCUCAGGGCAGAAGUGUGUCCCCUCCUCCUGACCUACCUGAGCACCGGAGCGCCACCUUGAGACGGACUGAAAGCCAGCGGCGCAGCAACAUGCAGCUACUUCAAGAAGGAGACGAAAAGAAGGUCAACUUGGUCCUGGACGAUGGCCGGUCACUAGGACUGAUGAUUCGAGGUGGAGCCGAGUACGCCCUGGGGAUUUACAUCACAGGAGUGGACCAAGGUUCAGCAGCAGAGUGUGGCGGACUCAAGUCUCUGCCUGCUCCGCCCCCCACCACCACACCUCAGUGUUCCUUCCCUUCCUCACAGGUAGGAGAUCAGAUCCUGGAGGUGAACGGCCGCAGCUUCCUCAGUAUUCCCCAUGAUGAGGCGGUUCGAGUCUUGAAGUCGUCGCGGCACCUCAUGAUGACGGUGAAGGACGUGGGUCGACUGCCUCAUGCCAGGACAGUGGUGGGGGAGACCAAGUGGAUCACCAGCUCGCAGAUCGCGGAGAGUUCGGCCAAUAGCAGUUUGGCAGGAUUCUCAACAGAGCAUGGAGCAUCAGCUGCUGGAAAGGCUGGGUUUUAUAAAGGCGUAGCAGGCUCGCAGGUGACCCUGUCAAGCCUGGUCAACCAGACGCGGGCCAUGCUGGAAGAACAAGCGCGACACUUGCUGACAGAAUCGGAGCGGCAGACUAUGGGCUACUACGUGGAGGAGUACCGGGACGGACACAUUGGCGUGGAGCAGCUUGUCAUGGCGCUUUUUGAACUGCUCAACACUCAUGCCAAGUUCUCUCUGUUGUCAGAGGUCCGGGGUCUGGUUGCACCUCAGGACCUGGAACGCUUCGACGCGCUCGUUCUUCGGCGAGAAAUCCAGGCUCUGAAAGCUCGACAGGGUGCGACAGCUGGACACCAAACAGACUCUGUAUCGAUGGUGUCGUACCCCGACACAUUGACAUCAUCCGGCAGCUUCAUGACCAACACCACUCUAAGCUCCGCCCGGGAAAGGCUGCUCUGGCUGAUAGACAUGAUGGAGAACGACAGUGCAGUGGAUAGUCAUCAGCCGCAGCCUCCCGAGAGCCUCAACACGCUGCUGCCCGACAUCUCGCUGGACGAGGUUCAGUCCACAUCGGCUGAAUCGCCCCCCACCUUCAAGCCUCCGCCCCCAGCGAGGGUGCAGAGACGCCCGAGCAGAAGAGGCCAGCUUAACAAAUGCCCAUCAUCUGAAUCCAACCACUCAGGCUUGUACUUCACAGCUCCCAGCUCCCAUAAUCGGAGCAAAGAGCCGGGGCACGCGCCUGCCUCCCCCGCUCCCCUCAAACGGGAGCCCCCCAGAGAGCCUUCACGGGAAUAUGCAGCCGUGCGGAAGAGAGAAUCAUCAGCCCCCUCUAAGAGAGAACAAAUCACAUCCCCUCACUUGUCCAUGGUCGGCCAACACCAUAUUGGCCCUUUCCCCAGAGUUCAGUCCCCGAGCAGAGGCAGCAAUCCUGCCUCCCCACCUCCUCCCCCGCCCCUCCCUGCUCCUCCGCCACCCCCUCCAUGUCUGCCAAGGAAGCCUGUGUCCUUAUCCAAAGCCUCCUCCACCUCGUCCCCUCUUGGCUCCAAAUCACAGUUUGUCACUGUGGAGGUUCACAGGCCCAACGCAGAACCAGACGUCAAUGAGGUGCGGCCCCUACCACAAGCACGAGGUGGCACCUUGUCCCAGCUGUCAGACAGUGGUCAGACCCUCAGUGAAGACAGUGGGGUGGAUAUCGCCGAGUCAGGACACAUCAGCAAAGAUAGCAACUCCCAUGCCUCACACUCUCGACACCCUCAGGGGGGCGGAGGGAGCAGCUCUGCUAAACCGCCUGGUCUGCUGGAGCCAACAUCGACGUUAGUGAGGGUGCCAAAGAGUGCGAGCACUUUGGGUAUUGCUAUCGAAGGUGGGGCCAACACGCGCCAACCGCUGCCACGAAUAGUCACAAUACAGCGUGGAGGCUCCGCUCACAACUGUGGCCAGCUCAAGGUGGGGCAGGUCAUCUUGGAGGUGAACGGGACGUCCCUGAGGGGCCGCGAGCACAAGGACGCUGCACGCCUCAUUGCCGAGGCCUUCAAGACCAAAGAGAGGGACCAUGUGGACUUUCUGGUGACCGAAUUCAACGUGGCACUAUAGCUGAGUGAACAGGGAGGAGCAGGAUCCCAUAUAAAGUCAGACUCAAGUGUUCGAAAAUGGCACAAAUAUUAUGCGAGGAGACCUCCGUUUGACCUCUGGGGCUCCCCAGACUUUUCCAUGAAGGUUCCUCUUUAAUCUGAAGGAAUGACCUUUUGUCCUGUUUCAGGAUUCUGCUCAACAUGUUACCUCCCCACUGUGAGACCUUAUGCACUUACCUGUCUGAUCUCUUUUCUUUGCUGUGCUGGUGAUCAAACGUGGACCCGUCACUAUCGCUGGAACUUCUCGUAGCACCCCUCACCUCCCACGAAACUCAUUCAGCGCUUUGUCUGAGUGACACUUAUUAGCUUGAAUUUAUAUAUGUACAAAUGUAGAUACAUACAGAGCCCUAUGUAUCGUGUAUAAUAGUGCGUCUAGAUUAAUCAUCCAACCCAUUAUCUGUGCAGAGAUAUAUAUGUGACAUAUAGCUGCUAUGUUUCCAUAACAUCCAUGACAACUGCUGUUAAAGGAGACGCUUUAAAUGAUGGGUCAUGUCACUUAAAAAUCACUUGACUUCAAGUCCUCUGUGUGUUAGCGGCUAAAGAGGGACGUGUAGACCUGAACCUUGCCUGAGGCUAUCUCAGAUGAACCAUGAAAAGUUAAAGCCAUAUUCUUCUGUCCUUUGGGAAACAUGAGCAAUGAGUUGCCCUUAAAAAUAGAGCUGAGCCAGAGGGCAAACUCAGAGCAUAGUCACAGCCAUGCCUUGCAGAAAAGGAGCCAGUCACAUCGGUCCGAGGAUGGAUAGAAAUUGUUCCGUUGUCAUGGGAAUGUCAUCCGUUUCUCCAGCAUCAGCAGUGACUAGUCACAAAAGCCGUGAAAAAAAAAAAAGAAAUAAAAAAGAUGGCACUGUGACUCCAGAUUUGGCCGGAUGAAUGCGAACAUUUAAGUAGAGAGAUACUUAGUUUUCCCUGUGCAUCUUAUUCUGCUGGCUUGUAAUCCUACUCAGGCUUCCUGGAGCUGCUCUGUCCCACUAUGAAGUCCUGAGGAGGACGAAUGAAGCAUCAAGUAGACCUGCUUUCUGUUACUAUUUGCAGGCAGGCAAUUAGAAGAUAAGCAUGAGUAGUGUAGUGAGAGAUGGAGCUGCAGUGUGUGUGUGUGUGUGUCCUAUGUGGGGUGUAUGGUAGGAUGUUAUUGUUAUUGUGGAGAUGAUUACCCUUCUCUCAGGGGUGUGAGCAGGAUGUUCCAAAGACUCCCUGUCAUCAACAGGAAGUCAUUGAACUAAUUUCAGGGAGUGUGUGCGGGUGGCUGCGCAUGAGUGCGUGAACACGUGUGUGUUCCUGUGCGUUUGUCUGUGAGGUGCAGCUGGAGAAGUGUGUGUUUCUGUGCCCUCAUCUGUCUGACUUUCAUCUCUUUUCAUUUACCACAUACCAAACUCCCACCUCAGUCUGAGAAAAUGAUCACAUGGAAGUUUCCGCUCAAGUGUAACAUGCCUUCACAAUCAAUUUUAUCAAUAUCCUUAUUCAUAUUUUAAAAAAUGUUGGUUGAGUGUAGUGUUUUGGAGAUGUUUGUGGAUGCGUCUGGAAGCAUCCCGAGGGGAUGCAACCGCAGACUUAACUGAGCUCAGAAUAAAGUUUCAAAACCUUACUUUAAUCAAAAAGCACUUAUUAUUAGUGCAUCCAUUAGACUAGUUUGGGAGAUUAAUAUGUCCUUAUCUUAUUCCAUAUCCAUUAAAAAGCUUGAAAGUCAAUUUAGUCUGUUUCAAAUUCUCUUUGUGUCAACAUGCAUUUGCAUUAGCGCACAUGUGCGGCUGAUGUAGAUGAAGAUAAAGGAGAGCUGCGGCGUGUCCUCUCGGAGGAAUUACUCUUCAUUUAAGCAUCUAUUCCCUGGAAGUCGGCGGCGGCGGCUUCAGUUUAAUACGCACUUGAACAUUUCACCUUCCAUUAGUUAUCGGGUUUCUCUGAUGUAUAAACACGGUCCUUUCAAUGGAUGCUUUAAUAAGUCAUCUGCGAGACGAAACUGUGAUAAUGAAUAUGAGGCGUUAAAAUGUAUACAACUUGUGUGUUCCCAACAAGAACUAGGCACUAGUUUACUACUACAAGCUACUGAGCUAUGGAGCCAUCCGUCACACAGGGAGCUAUUGCUCCAAUGUCAUUGACUCUUGGCAUAAUAGCAGUUUCAACACAAAGUUUCAAUGGUAGAUUUGGAAUCACAAACCUACUUCAAUGUUGUUUUUUAUUUUUAUUUUAUUUAUUUUAUUUAUUUGCCACAAACAACCUCAACAAAAUCCAAAAUGUGGAUAUUAAGAUCCUAAAAUAAUGAGGUUGCUUCAUCCUGAGCUCCAAAAUAUUUUCACUGUGAUCUUGAAUGAGCUGAAAACUUAAAUCAACAUGCCCAGUUUUCCCCUCCGAACUGUUAUUUAAACCACUGUGCUAAUAUUAAAUUCCUGAAGGGGCCACAUUAUAUUCUGAUACCAGUGUGAGGGGCCGUCAAAAGACAGAGGGACAGAAGAAAAAGGACAUUAAAUGUAACUAAUUUUUCAUGACAUUAUGUGCUUUGAAUCUGUUAUUUGGUUAUAAAUACACUCUUUGGUUGUAUUUAAAGAAUCUCAAUAUAAAUCCUUAAAAUAAACUGGAGGGAAAGGGUGGUUUUUCCUAGGUAUUUUGAAAUAGCUUUAAUUAUUUGCUUUUGAGGGACGAAAACUACUGUUAAAAUAGGCAUCACUCUUUCGACAAAUCCAAUUGAGCCUCCAUGAGUUUCUAUUCCUAAGUUUAAAAAUAAUGACCAACGAUAAACAUACAAUGUCUUUCGCUGUUUUCAACUCUGACUGAAGUUUGCAAACCUUUGAAUGUGGAGUAUGUUUGUUCUCAUGCGUGACUUGUCUGUAGGCGUGUGUGUAUGUCCCUCCCACCCCGUCCCAGAAGCAGCUGUGAUAGGUUCUCACAACACAGAAACAUUAUGACAAAGUGAACUAGUUCAGCGGCACAGCACAGAUUACGAAAAAUAAUGUUCUUUUUUUCCUUGUAUUACAACUCUAUGUCAGAUCUAACCUCAAAAUGCAAUCAGUUCUGAGAAAACAAACCGCAGUACUUGCAGGUGUGUGUGACAUGAAUCCAAAACCUUCUCUCAGCUCUUGCGGUUAAGAGAUCCAGAAAGCGACCGACGCUGCUCAUGAUGUGGUUGGAUGAUGCUUAGUCCUUCUCUUAGUUUACUGCGGCUGACCUUCACCCCUGGUGUAGACGCCGGUAUAUGGGGCAUCUGAUGCAAAGUGUUCCUUCAUUUAAACAAGAAAAGUGAUUCUCCCCCUUAUUUGGACUGAACUUUAUUGCCUUUUUUGACCUCUAUUCAUCUGUCAUGAUCAGUCUAUUUUCAGCUGACAAUUCUUAGUAACCUGAGUAGGAAGUUCAGUCCACUUACUCACUGCUUUAGCAAGUUCCUGACACCGAAUCCCUCUGUUGUAGCUCACUCAGGUAAAAUGUAGAUAUUGUAAAUAUGAAUUGCAGUGGUUGAAAAUGUUGAGUAAAAUCCUCCCAGCUACCAAGAAGCAUCAUCAUUUUGGGUCAGAAUGGACAAGGCUUUGGUUUGAGCUAUUUUUGUGAAGUCUGCGUGAGAGCGGGAUGAUGGAGGAAAACGGUGCCCACCGCCGACAGCGUCAUCACUCAAACCAUGAGACAGAAAGCUGCCGGCCUGCUCUCCGAUGAGACAGCAGAGACAUUAGUUGAAAUUGCGAUGCCCAAAAAUGUUCAUGCCGCCCACCCUAAGUAAAGGUCAGAUUCAUAAGUCGUGGACUCGAGCGUGCCUCCUGCUUUACUCGCCACGACUCUGGACUUUCUUCUCCUUUUGCUUUGCCCUGUGUGUCUGCCUAUUCUUCUGCUGCCUGCUCGAGCUGAUCAGGAGUGUUGUACAGCGACAUGAUAUUUAUACAGAA